AUGGACGAGCGUGAUCUUUUUCUAGCAGAACUGCUGCGGCACGAGGGACGCGGAGAUCACAUUUCUGAUGCAUGUCCCGGAUGUCCAUGUCUGAAAUCUACUCCUCCUCGAUAUCGGUGUCAAGACUGUCUAGAUUCACAAUUAUACUGUGGUCUCUGUAUCGUCCAGAACCACUUACGGUUGCCUACCCAUCGUAUAGAGGAAUGGAAUGGUCAAUUUUUUGAGCGUCUUUCAUUGAAAGCCAUGGGUCUUCGCAUACAACUGGGUCAUGCAAUCGGCGAAUCCUGUAUUCUUCCAAGGAGAGCAUUUAACGAUGAUUUUGUUCUCAUUGACGCAAAUGGCAUACAUGAGAUUGGGCUGGACUUCUGUGGCUCCAUGACCUCUCAGACACAUACCAAGCAACUACUACGUGCUGGCUGGUUUCCGUCGACUUCUACUAAUCCACGAACGGCUGCUACAUUUCGCGUUCUUCAUCACUAUCAUAUCUUGUCCUUCGAGUCAAAGGCCUCUGCUUACGAAUUUUAUCAUUCGCUGGUUCGUUUAACGGACAACACAGGCUUGAUCAGACGAAAGGUAAUUAAUCUGGUAGCCAACAACUAUCGAUGA